CAGUCUUUUCUGAUACUUGUGAACUCUGUUCAUGCUUUUCUGAAAAACCUUCAGCAGCUACAGACGAACAACAUGGGGUGUUGUGGAGUGCUGGUAGGACUCGCCCUGUUCUUGGUUCUCUCUCCUGCCACUGGGGGUCGCAUCAAGAAUCUCCCGAAGAUCAUCAGUUUCCUCCAAAAGAAUUAUUUAGAUGGUGAUCAGUUCGCCGUGGUCAUCAACGUCCCAGCUGAGAAGUGUUCCGCUCGUAUAAAACCUGCCCAGAACUUCCUCCCUGAUGAUUCUGCACAGAAAGUGAAACAUGUCAUGGCCAGCACUGCAGGGGUUUACAGAGGUCAGCAGCUGAUGGGUGCCAGACAAAAACCGAUCCAUGAAACGAGUAGCUACCACCCUGAAUACCUUCUGCUGAUUCAGUCGAACCCACCAGAAAACACCUCCUAUGAUCCACUGCUGAAGGAGCUCCUGGAUAAAGACAAACAUGGCUGUGUGGUUUUCUACACCUACAACUCUCCAUGUGUGAACACCUGCUCAACACCAGAGGGAGUGUAUAGCAUCCUCCCUGCCCUGGACAUGCUCAGGAACCACAAGGGUCCGAAAGCUUUUGUGUUUGGGAAAGUUUGGAAACAUAAUGUUGGUUUAGUUGAUGGAAAGAAUGCAGAGCCUCGGCCACUGGCGCACUGUUAUCGACUCGGUCGAAGAGUUUACGCUACCAUGUCACUUUGGGAGAACUAUGAAAGUCAGCUUCGGUGGGAAGCGAAUAUAAUGGAAAUGAAUGCACGAGUGCGGCUCUACCGCUGUGAUGGUGGUCGGUGUGUCCGUUGUGUGUAUGAAAGUGAGGCUGAUGGGAGGUGCAUGCACCCAGUGGACCUGUGACGGAAUAAAAGUGUUUGGAAUAUGUAAAAUCAACGAGUGUGCACUAUAUUUCCAAAAGUCUUCACUCACCUAUCCAAAUCAUUGAAUUCAGGUGUUUCAAUCACUUCCAUGGCCACAGGUGUAUAAAACCAAGGGCCUAGGCCUGCAGACUGCUUCUACAGACAUUAUUAGCCAAGUAUUAAAGUGUUCAGAUGGGAGACAAAAAAGCUGUAAUUUGAUAUCUGUAUCUACUAUUGUUGUAUCGUCGUAGCUAUCGCUGUUGUUGGAAGAAAACCUCAUAUAGAGUGUGAAUUGUCAACUCAGUGAUAAAAAUAAAGGCCUGACUGUUUACA